AUGCCACUGGCAAGAUCCCUGUCCAUGACAUCUCUGAAUGGGCUUCUUCAGUGUGAGGAUGAAGACCUGCCCGUGGAGGAUUUGUUGCUCUUUGAAAUUUCUUGGGAGGUUACCAACAAAGUGGGAGGCAUUUACACUGUGAUCCAGACAAAAGCCAAAACUACAGCAGAUGAAUGGGGUGAAAACUAUUUCCUGAUUGGCCCCUAUUUUGAGCAGAAUGUGAAGACUCAAGUGGAAUUCUCUGAACCUCCAAACCCUGCAGUUAAGAAGGCAAUGGACACCAUGAAAAGCCAAGGGUGUCAGGUCUUUUUUGGAAGAUGGCUGAUAGAGGGCAGCCCUUAUGUCUUACUCUUUGAUAUAGGAUCAGCAGCUUGGAACCUGGACAAGUGGAAAGGUGAAUUUUGGGAAGUCAGCAACAUAGGGAUCCCUUUUCAUGACCGAGAAGCCAACGAUGCUGUGAUUUUUGGAUCAUUAACAGCCUGGUUUUUGAAAGAGCUUUCCUCUCAGUUUGAUGACAAGCCCAAUAUAAUUGCCCACUUCCACGAGUGGCAGGCAGGAGUGGGUUUAAUCCUGUCUCGAUCACAGAAACUUCCCGUCGCCACAAUUUUUACUACCCAUGCAACUCUGCUUGGGAGAUACUUGUGUGCAGCCAGUAUUGACUUUUACAACAAUCUGGACCAGUUUGACAUUGACAAGGAGGCUGGAGAGAGGCAGAUUUACCAUCGGUACUGUAUGGAACGGGCAUCUGUGCAUUGUGCCCAUGUGUUCACCACAGUCUCCCAGAUCACAGCUACAGAAGCAGAACAUAUGCUUAAAAAAAGCCCUGAUGUUGUCACCCCAAAUGGCUUGAACAUUAAGAAAUUUUCAGCAAUGCAUGAGUUUCAGAAUUUGCAUUCCAUGUACAAGGCUAGGAUCCAAGAGUUCAUUCGAGGUCAUUUCUAUGGCCACCUUGACUUCGAUCUUGACAAGACCUUGUUUUUCUUCAUUGCUGGGAGAUAUGAGUUUUCCAACAAAGGAGCUGAUAUGUUUCUAGAAGCCUUAUCAAGAUUAAACUUUUUGCUGAGGGUUCACAAGGCUGAUGUUACAGUUAUCGUGUUCUUCAUCAUGCCAGCAAAAACCAACAAUUUCAAUGUGGAAACCUUGAAAGGACAAGCAGUCCGGAAGCAGCUCUGGGACACUGCACAGUCUGUGAAAGAAAAGUUUGGAAGGAAACUCUACAAUGCCUUGCUGAAAGGAGAAAUCCCAGACCUGAACAAGAUUCUUGACCGAGAUGACAUAAGCAUUAUGAAAAGAGCCAUCUUUUCAACUCAGAGACACUCUCUGCCUCCAGUGACCACCCACAACAUGAUUGAUGACAGCAAUGACCCAAUCCUCAACACCAUCCGGCGCAUUGGGCUGUUCAACAACCGCACAGACCGUGUGAAGGUGAUCCUACAUCCAGAGUUUCUUUCUUCAACAAGCCCCUUGCUGCCCUUGGACUAUGAGGAGUUUGUUAGAGGCUGCCACCUUGGUGUAUUCCCAUCAUACUAUGAACCCUGGGGCUACACUCCAGCUGAGUGUACUGUGAUGGGCAUUCCCAGUGUAACCACAAACCUCUCUGGAUUUGGCUGUUUCAUGCAGGAACAUGUUGCUGACCCAGAAGCUUACGGGAUCUACAUCGUGGACAGGAGGUUCCGCUCGCCGGACGAGUCGUGCAACCAGCUGACCCAGUUCCUGUACGGGUUCUGCCAGCAGAACCGGCGCCAGAGGAUCAUCCAGAGGAACCGCACCGAGCGCCUCUCCGACCUCCUGGACUGGAAGUACCUGGGCAGGUAUUACAUGCAUGCCAGACACUUGGCCCUCAGCAGAACAUUCCCAGAUAAAUUUGAGAUGGAACCAAGUGCUCCACCAAAGACGGAAGGUUUCAGGUUCCCCAGGCCUUCAUCGGUGCCGCCAUCGCCCUCUGUCUCCCAGCAUUCCAGCCCGCACCACAGUGAAGCUGAGGAUGAAGAUGAGGAUGAGAGAUACGAUGAGGAUGAGGAAGCUGAAAGGGAUAGGCAGAACAUCAAGUCCCCCUUUUCCCUUGGAGCCUUGCCACAAGGAAAGAAGAAGCAGCAUGGAGAAUACAGGAACUGA